AUGAGCUCUUCGACUCCUAGCAACCCGGCGCAGCCCGAGUGGGUCGACGACGUGCUGCACUUCUGGUUCAAGCAGUUCGGCCCGGCCGAGUGGUUCGCGGGCGGGGCGCACGUCGACGCUCUCUGCCGCGAGCGCUACCUCCCCCUGUGGAACAAGCUCGCGCAGGCGACUCCCGAGCAGGCAUGCAGCGAGUGCAACGCGCACCCCAAGACGUCGCUCGCCGCCAUCAUCGUCUACGACCAGUUCUCGCGCAACAUGUUCCGCAAGACGCCCGAGGCGUUCGCGACCGACCCGCAGGCGCUCGCGCUGUCGAAGGAGGCCGUCGCGAAGGGGUUCGACGCAGACUGCACCGACCAGGAAAAGCUGUUCCUUUACAUGCCCCACAUGCACUCCGAGACCCUCGCCGACCAGGACGCGGUCGUCGGGCUCAUCGAGGCGAUGGGCAGCCACGACGGCAAGAACACGGCAGUCGAGUUUGCAAAGGAGCACCGUGAUAUCAUUGCCAAGUUUGGCCGCUUCCCCCACCGCAACGCGCUGCUUGGACGCAAGAACACGCCAGAGGAGGACGAGUUUCUCCAGAGCCACAAGGGCUUUGGGCAGUAG